AUGAAAGAAGAUAAACUGGAUGUGGUCAAACAGGAGAUGGACAGAUUAAAUGUCAGUAUUGUGGGUGUCAGUGAACUUAAACUGAUGGAAAUGGGGGAAUUAAAUUCAGAGGAUCAUUACAUACACUGCUGUGGGCAAGAAUGCCUUACAAGAAAUGGAGUAACCCUCAUAGUCAAUAAGAGGCUGCACUCCCUUCUUAGAAAGAUCCAGUUUAACAACAGUGUGGGUGACCAGGUGUUUAUGGAUGAGGAAAGGAUCCCCGUGGCAAACUAUGAUAUUAACAACUUUGUGGCCUUCAACAAUGGCACAAAAAUUCUGGUGAAAGUGGGAGAGUUUAUUCCUCACGCUCCCCCAGGUGAAGAUUUCUCCAUUCAUGAGAAUGCCAUAAGGCGGAACCAAUUUUAUGUAAAGACUCCGCGCUCUGUAUGCAGUGACAGCUGUGGACCUGGAUUUCGGAAAUCUGCCCGUGAAGGAGAGUCCAUCUGUUGCUUUGACUGUAUCCCCUGCCCAGAGGGCAAGAUUUCCAACCAGACUGAUAUGGACCAGUGCAUCAUGUGUCCUGAAGAUGAAUAUUCAAGGAAGGGGAGAAAUUACUGCCUCCGCAAGGUGGAGACAUUUCUGGCCUUUGAGGAACCCCUAGGCAUGACUCUGGUCUGCACAGCUCUGGUCUUCUGCCUCCUGACAAUUAUGAUUGCUGGGGUCUUUGUGAAGCAUCAGGACACCCCCAUAGUGAAAGCUAAUAAUAGAACUCUCAGCUACAUCUUGCUCUUCUCCUUAAACCAAUGCUUCCUGUCUUCAUUGCUCUUCAUUGGUAAGCCUACCUCAGCCACAUGCCUGCUUCGACAGACAACAUUUGGGAUCACAUUCACAGUGGCCAUCUCCUCCAUUUUGGCUAAAACAAUCAUAGUAGUUCUAGCCUUCAAAGCCAUAAGACCAGGGAGCAGGAGCAGAAAAUGGAUGGGCUCCAAAACACCCAUUUCUAUUAUUCUCAUCUGCUGCCUGAUCCAAGUGAUUCUCUGUGGUAUCUGGCUGUUGGUUUCUCCCCCAUUCCCAGAUACAGACCCACACUCAGAACCUGAGCACACCAUCCUGCAAUGCAACAAGGACUCCCUUAUUGCCUUCCAUUUUGUCCUGAGCUACAUGGGAUUGCUGGCUUUGGGGAGCUUCACUGUGGCUUUUUUGGCCAGAAAUCUCCCUGACACCUUUAACGAAACGAAGCUUAUCACCUUCAGCAUGCUGGUAUUCUGCAGUGUCUGGGUCUCCUUCCUCCCCACAUAUCAGAGAACGAAGGGGAAGACUAUGGUAGCUGUGGAAGUCUUUUCCAUCUUGAGCUCUAGUGCUGGCUUACUGGGUUGCAUCUUUAUUCCCAAGUGCUAUGUGAUCCUUCUGAGGCCACAAUGGAACACCCAAGAAUGGGUCAAUCAUAAAUGCUAA